CUGGCCGCACGGAGAGGUCAGCUCUGGGCACAAGGUACCAUGACUGUGACUGACAUCCUAGACCAUGGGCUGCGGGGCACUUUGCCCUAAAGUGUCCGAGCUUCAGGAGGAGGGCAUGAACGCCAUCAACCUGCCCCUCAGCCCCAUCCCCUUCGAGCUGGACCCGGAGGACACCAUGCUGGAGGAGAAUGAAGUGCGAACAAUGGUGGAUCCAAACUCGCGCAGCGACCCCAAACUCCAAGAACUGAUGAAGGUAUUAAUUGACUGGAUUAAUGACGUGCUGGUUGGAGAAAGAAUCAUUGUGAAAGACCUGGCUGAAGAUUUAUAUGACGGACAAGUCCUGCAGAAGCUGUUUGAGAAACUGGAGAGUGAGAAGCUGAACGUGGCCGAGGUCACCCAGUCAGAGAUUGCGCAGAAGCAAAAGCUUCAGACUGUCCUGGAGAAGAUCAACGAAACCUUGAAACUUCCUCCCAGAAGCAUCAAGUGGAAUGUGGACUCUGUUCAUGCCAAGAGCCUGGUAGCCAUCCUGCACCUGCUGGUUGCUCUGUCCCAGUAUUUCAGGGCCCCAAUCCGACUGCCAGACCAUGUUUCCAUCCAAGUGGUUGUGGUCCAGAAACGAGAAGGAAUCCUCCAGUCUCGGCAAAUCCAAGAGGAAAUAACUGGUAACACAGAGGCUCUCUCCGGAAGGCAUGAACGUGAUGCCUUCGACACCUUGUUCGACCAUGCACCCGAUAAGCUCAACGUGGUGAAAAAGACUCUCAUCACUUUUGUGAACAAGCACCUGAAUAAACUGAACCUGGAGGUCACAGAACUGGAAACCCAGUUUGCAGAUGGGGUGUACCUGGUGCUACUCAUGGGGCUCCUGGAGGGCUACUUUGUGCCCCUGCACAGCUUCUUCCUGACCCCGGACAGCUUUGAACAGAAGGUCUUAAACGUCUCCUUUGCCUUUGAGCUCAUGCAAGAUGGAGGGUUGGAAAAGCCAAAACCUCGGCCAGAAGACAUCGUCAACUGUGACCUGAAAUCCACGCUGCGAGUGUUGUACAACCUCUUCACCAAGUACCGGAACGUGGACUGAGGGGCAGACCGUACCGUCCUCCGAACCACCUUAACCUGCUUAUUCCUGCCUCCCGCUCUGUGCCAUCCCACAAAGUCCAGCCACAGCCCAGAAAUCAUGGGACCUGAAUUAGGAAGGAAACGAUCGGAAACUCUGGGCUGACCCACACCUCCCAGGCCCUAGGUCGGAGCCAGCAGUGGCCUCGGAAGAUUGUCCCCAUCCUGGUGCUGGAUCCAGAUUUCCCUCCGUGUCACUUGGGAACCAGCUUAGGUCCAGGAGACACCCCCCACCCCCCACCCCCACAGAAGAUGAAAAUAGAGAUAAUAGUUACCAUGUAAUGGGUGUAAACUCUGUGCCAGACAUCACACUAAGUGCUCUGAUGUACUCAAACUUGUUAGUUCUCGUGACUUCCGCCGAAGCAGGUGUUACACACCCCUUUCCCAGAUGAGGAAAAGGCUCAGAGAGGUAAAGAGACUUGCCAGAACUUGGCAUUUGUUUUUCCUCUUUGAACAACAUACAUAUUUGUUAAUAACUAGCCAAUUACAUCAACGUUCUUUGCCUGUCCUAUGGUUGUAUGUGUAUGUGUGCACUCACACCCACAAAGAAGACAGGCGCCCACUGACCUCGCCACUAAGCAGGCCAGGAGGGCUUAGUGAUUCACACUCAAAUUGGCAAAUUUAAUCCAAUUAAUAGUGUAUGUGUGGCAGGAAUCAUGUCCCUCAGCUCCUUUGUACAAAUGAAAAUUACUCUUAAUUCCUUCAGAUUUGUAAUAACCCCAUGCUCUGGUUUCAGGGUGACAUUUGGGAAGGAUUCUGUUUAAAAUUAAUGGAGUGGCACAUUUCACAACCUUUUUGCUUGAUUGCAUGUAAUGGAAGUGCCCCAUAUUUUACUGCAAAAUAAGUACUCAAUUCAUUAUCAUUAGGCAAAUGUAUAAUAUACGCCGGCACCACCGAGAGCUGGGCAUAGACCCACGUGAGCAUGGCUUGGGAAGUAGGGCUCUUCACCAGGGACCCUUGAACUUUAAAGAAAGGAACUCCUCUUUGCCUUCUAAUUGAUCAUUUAGACCAUUCCUGGCUAAGUCUGCCCACAUGCAAUUACCGGCUAAUUCAGGCGAGGAAAAAUGUAAGCCAUUCAGACCCAAGCCGAGCCGUUUCCGUGCGUGGGCUACUGGCGGGCUUAUGGGGACUUGCAUCCCCCCUCUGUGAACCCAGCUUGGAAACACAAGGCUCUAGUUGUCCCAGGCUGCCUGGGCCUGUGCGAAUAAGAAAGGGGCUAAAGUAGGGGUGACUAGGAGGACAGAAGCAUGGGGGGCGGGGGAGUAUUUGCACACUUAACAAUAAGGAAGUACCCUCAGACGAGAGACAGGGCUUGUGGGGUUUACAGUCUUCGUAAACUGGCCAAGGCCUUGGGAUAAUUAGUAACUCUUACUGGUCUAUCUUCAUUGUAGAAUCUUCCCAAAUAUGCCAGAUGGGCCCAGCCUGUGUGCCCGCCUCCAGAAGUCUGUGCCCAUUGCACAAAGCCCUCUUCUAGUCUGAGGAAUUCAUUUUGAUCCCCAUCUACGCCACCCAGAGCUGGGCCUCCCAUAUUGUCCAAAGCAUUUCCUUCCAGCUCCUAAACAUUUCCUCCUCUGCGGUCCAUCUGCAGUGGCUCAGAACCCAUACAAUUUACAGAUAAUACAUAUUCCUUUGGAUAUUGUGCUCUAAGAAAGCAUUGUUAAUCAGCAUAAUGAGCACUUAAGGUGCAAAGACAAUGUACUCUUGUGUCAAUUGAUGUGGAAGGAUACAAUUAUUUUUUACAUAAGUAGUGAAAUGUUAUGUUUUUCAUUAGGAAAUACU